GGAUUUAUCGGUGAUCGGUAACGAUGCUCCACGCACUGCCAGCAUCACUCCCCAGGACAUGCACCAUUUUGCCAAAGUCGACACCAAUGUCGCUGCAGAGGCCGCGAGAGCAGCUCAGUCUGAAGUGUCCAUGACACUCUGGCAGGCCAUCAAGACCUAUCCCAAGGCCAUUGGCUGGUCCAUCCUCAUCAGCACUUGCAUCAUUCUCCGCUUUGGUGAGCGCUCAGCUGAUGGCAGCUACCAAAUCAGCGCUGCCUGGCAGUCCGGUCUGUCGAACGGUGCUUUGGUUGGUGAAGUGCUGGGUCUUCUGUUCAUUGGAUAUAUCGUCGAACGCAUUGGCUACAAGAAGACCAUGAUCGGUUCUCUCACCCUUCUUACUGGCUUCAUCUUCAUCGUCUUCUUUGCACAGAGUCUGCCCAUGCUACUCGUUGGAGAGAUUCUCAUGGCUUUCCAAACCCUGACCACCACCUACGCAGCCGAGGUCUGUCUAGUCAGUCUCCGCGCCUACCUCACGACUUACGUCAAUCUUUGCUGGGUUAUUGGACAGUUCCUCUCUUCAGCCGUUCUCAAAGGUGUUGCCAACAAGACUGGACCUAUCGGCUACAAACUGCCCUAUGGACUUCAGUGGAUUUGGCCUCUUCCUUUGAUCAUCGGUAUUGCAUUGGCACCAGAAUCGCCAUGGUGGCUAGUCCGCAAGAACCGCCCAGAAGAAGCCAAGAAGCAAGUACUCCGCUUGACAUCGCGCAACCAGACCGAUUCUGGUUUCAACGUCGACGAGACAGUCAACAUGAUGAUCUACACCAACGAACUCGAGAAGGCAAGCACUGAAGGAACCAGUUACUUGGACUGCUUCAAGGGCACCGACCUUCGCCGCACUGAGAUCGUGUGUGUAGUCUGGGCCAUCCAAACCAUGUGCGGUGCAUCUUCGUUCACUGGAUAUUCGACAUACUUCUUCGAACAGGCGGGUCUCGAUGUCUCUUCUGCUUUUUCCAUGUCGCUGGGUCAGUAUGGUCUUGGUGCCGUCGGUACCCUCCUGUCUUGGGUUCUGAUGACCAAGUUUGGACGCCGAACUCUGUACCUUUGGGGACAAAUCGCUAUGGUGGCUAUUCUGCUGAUUGUCGGAUUCCUCGGCAUCGCACCCAAGAGCGCCGAAGGCCCAAGCUGGGCGAUCGGUGCCAUGAUCCUGAUCUAUACAUUCGUCUACGACAUGACUGUUGCNUACUCCCUCGUUGCCGAAAUCUCUUCCACCCGUCUCCGUAACAAGACCGUCGUCCUUGCCCGUAACCUGUACAACAUCACCGGUGUAGUGGCCAACGUCCUGACCCCUCACAUGCUCAACCCAGACGCUUGGGGCUGGGGAGCCAAAGCCGGAUUCUUUUGGGCCGGCACUGGAGCUCUGUGCGCAGUGUGGACAUACUUUCGUGUUCCUGAGCCCAAGGGCAGAACAUAUGCCGAGAUGGACAUGCUGUUUGAUGCUAAGAUUUCGGCGAGAAAGUUUUCUCAGACCAACGUCGAGUGUUUUGAGGAUGCUGUCAUGCAUCAGAAGGGCGGCGAGAAGAGCACUGUCGAGUAUGUUGACAAAGCUGACGCU